UUGCGUGUUGUUGGCCGGUGCACCGGUUCGCCGGUCGGGUUGCAGCUUGGAAAAGGGGAACAACUGGCGGAGGCAGCAUCGGCGGUGCGGUGCUAUGGACCCCAGGGACAAUGUCGAGACAGGGGAGACGGAAAACUACCCGGAGCUGUUCUACGUGCCGAUUCCGGAUGAAGCGCCGUGCAAGAAGGAGCAGGAGAAGCUGUCAGGGGUCGUCAAAAACGUCCACAGAAAACUGCGCAGGAAAUACAGGGAGGUGGGCGACUUUGACAAGAUCUGGCGUGAGCACUGUGAGGAUGAGCAGACGCUGAGUGAGUACGCCCUCGCCAUGAAGAAUCUUGCUGACAACCACUGGACCAAAACCUGCGAAGGAGAGGGCCGCAUCGAAUGGUGUCGCAGCGUCUGUCAAGAAUAUUUUCUGGACGGUGGAAUGAAAAGAAUGCUAGAAAAGGACGAGAAAAGUGCCAUGGGUCUGACUGCAGCAUCUGUAAGUGCCCAACCGCACAGAACCAACCCCAGUUCGAUCUCUCAGCUGGGGAAGAUGCGCCUUCUGGAUGUGGGAAGUUGCUUCAACCCUUUCCUGAGGUUUGAUGAAUUCCUCACAGUCGGUAUUGACAUAGUGCCUGCAGUUGAGAGUGUGUACAAGUGUGACUUCCUUAACCUUCAGCUCCAGCAGCCUCUCCAGCUGGCAGACGACGCUGUAGAAGCCUUCCUCCGCCAGCUCCACAACCCCAUCGAUGCUCUGCCUGCUCAGCUUUUCCACGUGGUGGUCUUUUCCCUGCUCCUCUCAUACUUCCCUUCACCAUACCAGCGCUGGAUCUGCUGCAAGAAGGCCCACGAGCUGCUGGAGCUGCACGGCCUGCUGCUCAUCAUCACGCCCGACUCCUCCCACCAAAACCGCCACGCCCUCAUGAUGCGCAGCUGGCGCGUCGCGGUGGAGUCGCUGGGCUUCAAGCGCUACAAAUACGUCAAGUAUUCCCACAUGCAUCUCAUCGCCUUCCGUAAGGUGUCUCUGGCCACCACCAGCGACCUGGUGUCACGCAAUUACCCCGAGAUGCUCUACAUCCCUCAGGACUUUAACUCCAAUGAGGAGGAAGACUGUGCCGACAUGCCGGUGCAUGUGCGCUCCGAGUUUGAGGAUGACCAGCUGGCUUGGGGCUUCACGGAGCUACCGGACACGCCCUACGAUUCAGAUUCUGGGGAGAGCCAGAGCAGCUCCGUGCCUGGCUUUCAUGAGCUAGAGGAUCCCAUCCUGCUUCAGAGCUAGGCUAAAACCAGCAACCCCCCUUCCCGUUUUUCUCUACCUAACUGUCACCUCCCCUUCAACUGCUGCGCUGCCAAAUUUAACCUGCUGCAUUCUUCUCCCACUUCUCCUCCCUCAACUCAAAACAAUGCAGUUUGCACAUAGUGAAAGAGAGAAGUUUACAGAUUAUAUUCUCAUGUCCACGCUCCUCUAAGAGCACCGACACACAUCCAGACACACACAUACACAUACAUGUACACACACACUAAGAUGGAUAUAUUUUGAUAAAUAGCUAGGUUUUUUAAGAGUUGGAAAUUGAAUGCCCUCAAGAUAUCCAGACUCCCCGCUCCUUGAUUUCCACCCCAUCUUUCAAUCAGCUCUCAAUAACAAAAGUCAGCUUGUCUACAUUCUAUACUCAGUCUCUAUGUGAAUAAGCUAGUGUCGCAGGCUGCUUAGUACAAAAAGCCAAAUACAGCAACCCGAGCAGGAGUUUGAUUGCACUGGAGAGACUGAGAUGGAAUGAGUUGACUGGUACGCUUGCUUGUGUCACAGUCAUGCAGCUAGACUUUCUGAAAAAUCUUGAUGUGCAUUUAGUUUUCCAAGACAAAAAAAAAAAAGAAGAAGAAUUUCAUUGUUUUGACAUAUAUAUUCUCAGUCAAACAUUGGUGUUGUCCAGUGUAAAGUGUGGCAAUGCCAUUUUAACUUGGCAUCAUCUGAAUGAACUGUGUAUCUUUUACAAGAAAGUUGUAUUUGUAGCAUUUUAAACAUUUUCAGAACCAUACAGUAGGAGUAUUACUAGGUUUACUAAUGUGAAAAUGUGUUUCCUCAUUGUAUAACAAGGUACGAGUGCAAAAUAGGUAUUACACUUUUGUCAUCCUCUCUUAGUCCCACACAGAUAUUAAUUCAGAAUUAUCUCCUGUUAGAUUUCCGAUUCAUUUUUUUGUUUUGUUCUCGAGCAGAGAACUAGUACAACACUGCAAGUCAGUGACACAUUAAAUGGACUUUACAGCACCAGUAUCCCUUGACACAAUUUUAUAACUUUGAUGUGAAAAUACAGUCAGUACUCUGCCUCCGAAAAGAUCCAGAUCUGAGCUCCUCGCAGUCAGAAAAUUCACCUCGAUAGAAGACAUUUGCACUAAUUUACUGUUUUGUCAUAGGGAACCUGUGAAAACAUGUAGAUUUUUAGCAGCAAACAAAGCCAGAUUCGAAGAUACAAUAUGCUGGAAGGGGAGGUUUUUAGCUCAAUACACUACCAGGUGAAAUGUUAGUGUGUGCCCUGAACAGGCAAAAUGUGUGAAUGAAGCAGUAAAUAUAUGUUGAUGUUUAUUUUUCAGUGGCACUUUAUCAUUGAUCCCAAAGGGUGUCACAAAAUGUACCCCCCCCCCCCCCCCCCCGGUUUACAUCCAAUGCAAUGGGCCCCAUAGGAUAUUACCAAUAAGUAUAAGGUGCCUUCGUUGUUCAUAUUUAUGUUGCAGACAGGCUUUCUUGCCCCCAGAAAAAAAUAAAUUCAUCACCUUUCUAAUAAACAGAUAUCAAGCUUCAUGGGCCAAACCGUAAACGCAAACUGUCCGGUUCUUCUUUGUCGUGUUAAUGGAACAAGAAACAUUUCCCGUGUUGGUGUAAUGCAGUGUGUUGUUAUCAUUUCCAUAUCAUUUUCCAGUUAAUGCACAUCUCUUUGCUGAUAUUUUGUUUUUACAGGGGAAAAAAAACAAACAACACAGCACAUACUCAGACUUUGAAGAAGCGUGUUUCGUGAUUUGUCUUCCAGUGUUUCUUUUGGCCCGUUUGCAUGAGAUGGUUCAUCUUCAUUAUCAACAUUUCAACAAUACAGAACAAUGUGUGCUUCUAGUAUGGUUGUAUUUCUCUUUUAUAAAUGAAUGUAAAUGUAA